AUGAUAAAUAGAUUCAAGAGAAAUGUGGAUUUUUUAAAAUCUAUUUUACAAGAGAAAAAUAGAAAGCGUCGUAUGGAAAAAUUACUUCACGCUAGUAAAGAUCAAAUCAAUGUCGUCAGUGAAUUCACGUUGAACAUGUCGAAGAAAAAGAUACCUUUAUCACCGCCUACCGUUGCCAAACUCAAGAAAUAUAGAGUGAUGUUGAGAGAGUUGGGUAAACGGAGGAACUCUUUAAGAAAGCGGCGUCAAUUACUUGUGAAUCAAACAGGCGGUGGCUUUUGGAGUGGUAUGAACGACGCGUUCUCUCAGUGUUUCAAAAGAUCAUGA